UUGCUCCAUUCAUGUAAUCAUAGAUAAAUAACACAAAUUGAAAUCAUAUAUAAAGAGAGAAAGCGAGUUGAAAUAGUUAAAACAGCUAAAAUGGCUGCGAAGAAUCUCUUAUUGCUCUUUAUCUUUCUUUUUCUCACCGUUAACCUCGUCUCCGCUCAACUCCGCCGUAACUUCUACGCCGGAAGUUGUCCCAACGUCGAACAAAUCGUCAGAAACGCAGUUCAAAAAAAAGUCCAACAAACUUUCACCACCAUCCCCGCUACUCUCCGCCUCUAUUUCCACGAUUGUUUCGUCAACGGUUGCGAUGCCUCGGUGAUGAUAGCAUCAACCGGUAAUAACAAGGCGGAGAAAGAUCAUCCGGAUAAUUUGUCCCUGGCCGGUGAUGGGUUCGACACCGUCAAUAAAGCCAAAGAAGCUCUUGACGCCGUUGCAAACUGUCGUAACAAAGUUUCUUGCGCUGAUAUUAUCACAAUAGCUACUCGUGACGUCGUUAAUCUCGCGGGUGGACCAAGAUAUGAAGUGGAAUUAGGAAGGCUUGAUGGGCUAUCGUCAACGGCGGCUAGCGUCGAGGGAAAGCUGCCCCAGCCGACGGACAACGUCAAUAAACUCACUUCACUUUUUGCCAAAAACGGCCUUAGCCUUAACGACAUGGUCGCUCUCUCCGGAGCGCACACAUUAGGAUUCGCUCAUUGCACCAAAGUGUUCAACAGAAUUUACAGUUUCAACAAGACAACGCAAGUAGACCCCACAGUUAACAAAGCUUACGUGACAGAGUUACGAGCGUCAUGUCCUAGAAACAUAGACCCAAGGGUGGCUAUAAACAUGGACCCAACAACACCUAGACAAUUCGACAACGUUUACUACAAAAACUUGCAACAAGGGAAAGGAUUGUUCACGUCAGAUCAAGAUUUGUUCACAGACCGUCGGUCAAAGCCAACCGUUGACUUAUGGGCCAAUAAUGCAAACUUGUUUAAUCAAGCUUUUACUAACUCCAUGAUCAAGCUUGGUCGUGUUGGUGUUAAAACCGGUCGUAAUGGUAAUAUCCGUCGUGACUGUGGAGCCUUCAAUUGAAUUUAAACACACUUUGAUUUCUUUUAUUUUCCAUUUAAUUUAAAUUGGGGUUUAGGGUUGUCUCAUUAUGCUGGUUCAGCUCCAAUGUAAUAAGUCUCGGUUUUGGGUUUCAGUUUGUUAAAGUAAAAUGCAAACCUAAAGUUGUAUACAUUUGUAAGUUAGAAUCAUAGUCUUAAUAAAUUUGAUUAUCUAUCA